AUGGUCUCUGUAGUCGAAAUUUAUGAUCCUAAGAAGAGAAAUGACAUCGUUCAAGGGUUUUUGAAGAAUAGAAAAGAGCACAAAAUCAAAAAUCUACAGGAACGAUCAGAUUUGGAACAUAUAGAAGAUCAUAGGAUAGAUGUCUUCAAACCUAUUUUGGAGUCUAAUAAAAAGCUUCAAGAAGAAAUAAUUGAUGAGAAAAAUAAAAUAGUCGAAACACUGAAUAAUUUCAAAGUACCUACCCAACUAUCGAUAGCACCUUCAAAAACUACAGCACCAUCAACAUCAAAGCUUCCCAUUCUUCAAAAGAAAUCACUCGAUACGAUUCAAAAAGAAACUCCCUCUCUACCUAGUUCUUCAUCCAAUUUAGUAGUCAGCAAUCUAAUUGUUAGUUAUCUUCAAGAUGGAUCUGAUAGAAGUAAUGCUGGGUAUUCAAUCAAGUUUAACAAAGAUGAGAAAAAGUAUACUAUAGGUAAUAAGGGAAUUACUUUUGAUCAGAACAUUCUGAAAGUCAACAAUGAAGAGUACACAGCAACAGAAGGAUUAAUGGAAUUACUAAUCAAAAAGUCUCCCGACUUGAAAAAAAUUCAAUCUGAUGAUAUUUCAAAUUAUCAGAAAAUAUUGUUUUGUUCAAAUGCUUUGUAUCAAGGGUUUGAUAACACUAGUAAAAAAUACAAUUCCGAUUCUAGUGACAAAUGGAAAUUUAUUAAGAAGCACUACUUUGUUACAAAAGAUAAAAACACAUCUACUGUAGACGGAAGUUCCAUAAAACCAAGUUUCAACUUCAUUCCAUCAGAUACUAACUCUCUUAUAAAUUCUUUAAGACUAUCCAUCGCCUCAUUUCAAGCAGGCAACAAUGGGGAGUAUAAUAAAAUUAAUGCUAUUUUGGAUGAACUAGUUAGGCAGAAAAAGAUCAGGAAGAAAGAUUUAGGAGUUAUAUAUUUGAAUAUUGAAAUGUUUCCGGAUAUCGGAAAGUCUAUUGACCAACUUAGUAUUUAUACUAAAAGUGAAAUAACACGUGAAACUGCAAUACAAUAUAUUAAUUCCUGUGAAAGCAUUUAUAAUAGUAUUGAUGCUAUCAAAGCGGAUGACAGAAGUAAAAAUGAGUUGAAAAAGGCUAUGACAUUCUUAGUAAGUCAGAUAGGAAUGAAUGAAUGUAUUAAAGAAGUUCUAAAUGCAGCAAGUAUUGAGAAUGUUCAGCUGAAACGUUUAUUGAACGAAGAGAGAUGCAACUAUAACAAGCUAGCUAAGAAAUAUAAAGAAGAACAGAAGUCAGAACAAGUGGAAAUUCCCAAACUUUCUCUAAGCAUAACUAGGAAUAAUAGAAGAAAUGCUAUAACCAAUGAAGAGAUUAUCAACAUUGCAAAUAAUAUUAAUACAGAUGAACUAGCCAACACCAAUUUAACUAGAGUGAGCGCUGCAGGUGUUAAGAAUGUUAAAACCGUUUAUGCUAAGAAAAAUGAAACUGGAUUAGUUGUUAAUCAGAAAUAG